UAGCGUCUUGACGGUCGCCGCUGGUGUGUCUUCGUCUUACUCGUGGCUCAUUGAGGGUUGGCGGCAAUUAGACCUUGACAUGUCUGAGAAUGACGGCGGCCAAGAAAACGAAAUACUUCUUGAGUGAAAGGACUUUUGCCUUUUGCGAACCCUUCUAAACCCUGGCAAAAAUAGGCAGUUCAGAUGUGACCUUCCAAGUCUCUUCUUUGCAUUUAUGUACAGCUUCUUAGCAAAUGGUGGUUUUAUGAUUUGGAAAAAGAUGUGCUGAUGAGAUGAAACCAUCAGAAUAUUUUUUUUUUGUUGUUCAAGAGGAUGAGAAGAUUUCAACUUAAAAUUUCAGGACUCAAAGCUUUGAUCAAAGAAAUUACCAUGUCUUCCUGCCCUGCCUGCCCUCUGGUGGAGGUGCUUAAGAGCAUGCCAGGAGAUUAAGCAAGCCCUAAAGGGAAAUAGUGAAAAAGACAAGGUGUGUUAGAAAAAAACUAUGAGAGCUUGCAUAUAGUAAAUGUUGAAAGAAAUGGAAAUAUUAUUUAUACAUAUAAGGAAAAUAAGGGAAAUGUCUUCUUUGGAUUAUAUGAUUGCCAAACCAGACAAAAUGAGUAUCUCUAUACAUUUGAGAAAGACUGCCAAGUUGUUAGUUGCUCUGUCAACAAUGAGAGAACUUUACUUGCUGCCAGUUUAGUUCAGUCUACUAAAGAAGGAAGAUGGAAUGAACUUCAACCAGGAUGGAAGUGCUUAACUCUGUUGGUUGAAAUCCACCCUAUUAAUAAUGUGAAGGUUCUAAAAGCGGUGGAUAGCUAUAUUUGGGUACAGUUCCUCUAUCCACAUGUGGAAAAUCAUCGUCUUUCAGAGAACCACCUCUUACUGAUUUCAGAAGAGAAGUAUAUUGAACAAUUUCAUAUCCAGGUCAUUCAAGAAGAUGGAAAGAGAGUGGUGAUUAAAAAUUCUGGCCCUCUCCCAAGAGAGAGAGUAGCUGAAGAUUUUAUUUGGGCUCAGUGGGAUAUGUCAGAGCAGAGAUUAUACUACAUUGAACUAAAGAAAUCAAGAAGUAUUUUAAAAUGCAUCCAGUUUUACAAUGAUGAGAGCUUUAACUUAAUGUUUGAAGUACCCUUGGACAUUUCAUUAAGUGACUCAGGAUUUCAACUUGUCAACUUUGGAUGUAAUGAUCUUCAAGACCAAGACAGAUUAUCCAAGCACUUGACCCUGUGCGUUUUUACCAACCAUACAGGAAGUUUAUGUGUAUGUUAUAGCCCGAAGCUUGACUCUUGGGAACAAAUCACAUAUUCAGUGUUUUACUUUCAUAAAGGGCACAGCAAGACCUUCACUGCUGCUCUGGGAAGUGUUGACUCACAGGCGACAAAGGGCAUUAUUUUUCUCAAUCUUGACUACUAUGUGGCCGUUUACUUUCCCGGUCAUUUCUUUCAUCUACUUAAUAUUCAACAUCCAGACCUGAUCUGCCACAGUCUAUUUCUGACAGGAAGCAAUGAAGUGAUUGAUAUGCUACCUCAUAGUCCUUUACAGUCAUUGUCAAGCUCCCUGGUACUGGAUUGGUGUUCUGGAAAGCUCUAUAGAGCACUCCUCAACCAGUCAUAUUUAUUGCAGUUCCUAUGGAACACUCACCUAGAUUGUGAGAAGAUGGCCAUGUUGCACUGUAUGCUCUCAUGUGGCCAAGAUACACGGUUCCUGGAAGCCAAGAUUAUUCAAUGGAUUUCUGAGAACGUCUCUGCCUGCCAUUCAUUUGACCUCAUUCAGGAAUUUAUAAUUGCUUCUUCAUACUGGCACAUAUAUGCAGAGACGAGUAACAUGGAUACACUUUUGCCAUAUUCCUCAGUCCUUACUUGGAAUACAGAAAUUCCUGGAAUAACCUUUGUGACAGAAGAGAUUGCAUUGCCUCUUAUGAAGGUGCAUAACUUCAAGGGAUACUGGGAAAAACUGAAUUCCAACCUGGAAUAUGUUAAAUAUUCCAAGCCACACUUACACUAUAACAACAGCAUGGUCAAGAGAGAGUGGCACAGCCUGAUUUCAGAAGAGAAAACAGGAGAAAAAAGGCCCCUGGCAUAUGUGAGGAAUAUUCUUGAUAAUGCAAUAAAGGUGAUUUCAGACCUAGAAACAAGGAACUUGGAGCCAAGAUUAAUACCCCUCUUCCAGGAGGAGGACAGGCACCAGCGGCUACUUAUAGGACUGAUGGUGACUGAGCUAAAAGAUCAUCUUUUGAGACACCUACAAGGUGUAGAAAAGAAGAAAAUAGAACAGAUGGUUCUGGAAUACGUUUCAAAACUGCUGGAUCUCAUUUGUCAAAUACUGGAAGCCAGUUGGAGGAAACAUAAUCUUCAUCCCUGGGUUCUCCAUUUCAACAGGCAGGCAAGUGUGGCUGAAUUUGAAGUCUUUCAUAUCAUGACCAGGAUUUUGGAAGCUACUAACAGUUUGUUUUUACCUCUGCCUCCUGGUUUUCACACUCUGCAUACCAUUCUUGGUGUCCACUGUCUCCCUUUGCAUAACCUGCUGCAUUACAUUGAUAAUGGAGUGUUGCUUCUCACGGAAACAGCUGUCGCAAGGCUCAUGAAAGAUCUGGACAAUACAGAGAAAAAUGAAAAACUAAAAUUCAGCAUCAUUGUGCGACUUCCUCCGCUUAUUGGUCAGAAGAUCUGUCGACUUUGGGAUCAUCCUAUGAGUUCUAACAUUAUUUCACGAAACCAUGUGAAGCAACUGCUUUAUAACUAUAAGAAACAGCUUCGGACUUCUCUGAUUGACAGGCCAUCAUCAUUCAGUGUAGAAUUUCUGCCUCUAAAUUACUUCAUUGAAAUACUGACAGAUAUAGAAUCCUCCAACCAAGUUCUUUGUGCUUUUGAAGGACAUGACAAUGUUGAUGCAAAAUUUGUAGAGGAAGCAGCUCUGAAACACACUGCAAUGCUUUUAGGCUUAUAAAAGAGAAAAUGCAAUUUGGUCAGCUUCCAAUUAUUUUAUUCUUGCUCAUUAGUUCUACUUCUAUUGAGAAUUCUCUAGUAAUUUUUAAAAUUGGUAGCCAAAAUCAGAAUACGCUGUUGAGCCCUCUGAAUUUUACCUUGGUACUUGUUCAGACAGCACUAAACUCCUUUAAUUUGUUCCAGUUUUGAAUAGCAGAUGAGCAGUCAAGUGUAGAGAAAUACUCCAAGGAGACAUACAAUGGCAAAUGAUACUCUUCCCCAUGGCCUAUGCAUUCUAAGGGCUUCUUUGACCAAAAGCUAGUUUCUGUUGCACUCUGAAAUAAAGUAGACUUUAAAAAUGAGAGAAACAGUACUUAGAAAAGAAAAAACUCCAUGAGUCAUUGAAAAUGACAUAUAACAAGAAAAUUAAAUGUUGGAUAAAAGCUAUUUAGAAAGAGGAUACUUAAAAAACAAACAAAAUACAACCAAACUUGGACUAAGUCAAAUCUGCUAUUUCUAGUACAGAAUAAUUGGCAAUAGACAGUAAUUUGUAUCUUAAGUAUUUAGAACAUGGUUUGUCUUUGUGAAGGUUCAGAUGAAGUUGUAUUUAAUUUUUAAAAAUUUUUUAAAUAUUUAUAAAAGCUUGAUAAGGUAUCUUGUCAUUAAAACACACACACACA